ACACCUCCACAACAAACCUCAGAGCUCGGAUCACUGCUUCAUCUUAAUGUCAGGAGGCAAAACUCCUUGUCAGGUUUUGUCAUUGGAUCUGAGGGGUGAAGCACUUUUCCUCUGACACACCAGAGAGGAAUAAACAGCUGCAAACAAGUCUCAACUGGACAAUCAGACAACUCAAAGAAAGGAUGAUGGAACUGAGGAUCCAGCUGAUCCCGACGGGGGAAAUCAUCCUUCCUCCAGGGAAGAAUGGAGAAAAUUACUGCCACGGCUGCAAGGUGGUGGCUAGUGACGGUGUCCGGGCUAUGAUGGAGUCGGCCCUGACAGCCAGAGACCGGGUGGGCGUGCAGGACUUUGUCCUGCUGGAGAACUACACCAGCGAGGCGGCUUUCAUAGAGAACCUGCGCAAACGCUUCAAAGAGAACCUCAUCUAUACGUACAUUGGCUCCGUGCUGGUGUCUGUGAACCCAUACAAAGACCUGGAGAUCUACACCAAGAACCACAUGGAGCGAUACCGAGGAGUCAACUUCUACGAGGUCUCCCCACACAUCUAUGCCGUGGCAGACAACUCGUACCGCUCCCUGAGGACAGAGAGGAAGGACCAGUGCAUCCUCAUCUCCGGGGAAAGCGGUGCUGGUAAGACGGAGGCUUCAAAGAAGAUCCUGCAGUACUAUGCUGUCACCUGUCCAGCAAGCGAUCAGGUGCAGACCGUCAAAGACCGCCUGCUGCAGUCCAACCCAGUGCUGGAGGCCUUUGGCAAUGCCAAGACAUUGCGUAACGACAACUCGAGCCGUUUCGGCAAGUACAUGGACAUCCAGUUCGACUUCAAGGGAGCCCCCGUAGGAGGCCACAUCAUCAACUACCUGCUGGAGAAAUCCCGCGUGGCCCACCAGAACCACGGCGAGAGAAACUUCCACAUUUUCUACCAGCUGAUCGAGGGAGGAGAGGAGGACCUGCUGAGACGCCUCGGCCUGGAGAGGAACCCUCAGCAGUACCAGUACCUGGUCAAAGGUAACUGUCCCAAAGUGAGCUCCAUCAACGACCGCAGUGAUUGGAAGGUGGUGCGGAAAGCUUUGAGUGUGAUCGGUUUCAACGAGGACGAUGUGGAGGAGUUGUUGAACAUCAUCGCCAGCGUGCUCCACCUGGGGAAUGUGCAGUACGGCGGGGAGGAGGGCAACGCCUGCAUCACCUCUGACACACAGAUAAAGUACCUGGCCAGGUUGUUAGGGGUGAACGGGUCGGUGCUGACAGAGGCACUCACACACAAGAAGAUAAUCGCCAAGGGAGAGGAGCUGAUGAGCCCGCUGAACCUGGAGCAAGCGUCAUCAGCUCGGGAUGCUUUGUCUAAGGCAGUGUACGGACGCACAUUCACCUGGCUGGUUAACAAGAUCAACGCUUCACUGACAUACACGGAUGACUCUGUCAAGAAUUACUCUGUCAUCGGGCUGCUGGACAUCUACGGCUUUGAGGUCUUCCAGCACAACAGCUUUGAGCAGUUCUGCAUCAACUACUGUAACGAGAAGCUGCAGCAGCUCUUCAUCGAGCUCACCCUCAAGUCGGAGCAGGAGGAGUACGAGGCUGAAGGCAUCACGUGGGAGCCGGUGCAGUACUUCAACAACAAGAUCAUCUGUGACCUGGUGGAGGAGAAGUUCAAAGGCAUCAUCUCCAUUCUGGACGAGGAGUGUCUGAGACCCGGAGACGCCAGUGACUUCACCUUCCUGGAGAAGCUGGAGGACACAGUGGGAGGACACGCCCACUUUGUCACUCACAAGCUGGCUGAUGGAAAAACCAGGAAGGUAAUGGGCCGUGAUGAAUUCAGACUGCUGCACUACGCUGGAGAGGUCAACUAUAAUGUCAACGGU